CUCAUCUUCCACCCUCAACUUCAACCAACCCCAAGCUCAAUCAGCUGUCCACCUUGCUUGGAAAUCAAGCGAUAUUGCGCCACCUCAUCCAUUAUCCACCACUCAACCUAUUCACAUACUCGAUAUACGACCUUCCCACUUUUCUUCUCAAACUCAACUUCAACCUCAACCUCAACUUCAACCUCAAGCUCCAACUCCAAUCUCAACCUAAACAUACAAACCACACAAAAUGUCUCGCCACCACCCCGAUCUCGUCAUGUGCCGCAAGCAACCCGGCAUCUCCAUCGGCCGCCUCUGCGACAAGUGCGACGGCAAGUGCCCCGUCUGCGACUCCUACGUGCGGCCCACCACCCUCGUCCGCAUCUGCGACGAGUGCUCCUUCGGCAACUACCAGAACAAGUGCAUCGUCUGCGGCGGCGAGGGCAUCAGCGACGCCUUCUACUGUUUUGAAUGCACCCGUCUCGAGAAGGACCGCGACGGGUGUCCGAAGAUUAUCAAUCUGGGAAGUUCGCGGACGGAUCUGUUUUACCAGAAAAAGAGUUUUCGAAAUCAUUGACCUUGAUGAUCCCCGUCUUUCGCCUCCGCUCGAAAUCCCGGCUGUGGGUCUUUGCGGGGUCGGGGCUGGGGGAGGGUUUCGUUCCACUUCGCUGCUUCUGCUGAUGGGCUGGUGGUGGUGUUGCCCGGGGGCGUUGGGGCGGGUUCUGGUUCGCUUUACGUGAAAUUGGAUCGGGUCUGCAUGAGCGCCUCGACUCCGUGACUACAACUCGAUUUAUUACAUGCGGAAGGAGGGACGCAAUAUACGCUGCUGGAAGCAUUUCAGCUAUAAUUCAGAGGACGGGCGCUAUAUACUUUAUCGAUCUUAUAGAGCAAGCAAGAUGUACAAGAAAUCAGACGUUGGGGAGUCAGUCCGCCUGGGAGAUCAUUUACCGGCCGGGACGUCUCGGUCUCGCAAAGCCGCGGCUGGGGCCUGUGUGCUGUGGAGGCUGGACCUCCUCCUGCAGUCUCU